AUGGACGAAGCCGAAACGCUGUCCGAUCGAAACGUGAACGAAAGUAAGGAAGUCAAGAUGACAUCGGUGAAAGUCAUCGAAGGACGGAACGGAUUGUUAAGGUCCAAUGACUUCUUAGUCAACGUGUCUAGAUGUGGUCAUAAUAGACACCUUCCUAUUCACACCUAUUCGAUUGACGCCAUCUUAGGACUCAGGCAAGAACAGCCGUCAGAAACAGGACAUAUCUGUUCCGAAAAGCAAAAAGAAGUGCUCCAAAUACGGUCCUAUCCAGAUCCGAAUCCAACUGGAGAUCGUACUCCUUACCCGUACUGGGUCACUGAAUACAGAGAUGCGGAUGACAAGCCCACUGACCCACCAAUCUCCGUUCAACAUGUUUAUUCCAACAACCCGCUAACGGAAAUCGUCACCAACAACGGGUUCGAAGAGGGCGUUGUUUCUAGUGUUCCCACAUACGAAGACGGGCUGAAGAAGAAACACCGAAGAAACAGGACCACUUUUACAACAUAUCAACUUCACCAGCUCGAAUGUGCCUUCGAGAAAUCACAUUACCCAGACGUCUACAGCAGAGAAGAGCUCGCCAUGAAAGUGAACCUGCCCGAAGUGAGAGUACAG